AUGCAUCGUGAUCAUCAGAGACAGUGCUACACAACUCAGUCCCAAGGUAAUACACAGGACCAAGUGGAUGUGGAGAUGUACGCAGCUUCUCCUCCUUUAUCCCUCUUGAGAUUCCAGAUAGAAACUGAGCCUUUGCUCAGUGAUUCACUAGACAAGAAGCUGAUUAAUUUGGUGCAGUUCCUGAUUGUCAAGUACCUAAAACAGGAAUCCUUCACAGUGGCAGAGAUGCUGAAGAUGUUUAUCAAAGAGUACAAGGACCACUUCCCUGUGAUCUUCAAUAAAGCCUGUGAGCGCAUGGAAGUUGUCUUUAGCAUCAAUGUAAAGGAAGUGGACCUCACUGGCAAAACCUACUUGCUUGACAAAGCACUAGAUCUCACCUAUGAUGGGAUACUGAAUGUGGUGCCCAACAGUAAUCCUGUCCUCAAUCAAUUUCUGCGGAGCCCCAAAGACUACUUACAAACCAGCAAGAUGAAACUCCUAGAGUUUUUUGCCAAAAUCAAUAGGACUAAUGCCAAUGCCUUCUUACCUUGGUAUGAGGAGGCUUUGAGAGAAGAGGAAGGGAGAAUCUGGGCCAUGAAUUCGGAUGAUGACACUGUUGAUAUGAUCAAUUCAAGUUCAUCUUCUCCCACCCAAAGUGAAACAGAUUCUCCGUUCUAUGUUUGA